CCUCUAUUUUAUUUUAUUUUUUCCUCUCCGCACCACCCACUUCACGUGCCUGGUCACUUAGAAGAUGGCUUGACAGCGUUCCGCUUUUUUUUUCUCCCCGAUUGUAUUGGAAGUCAGAUUGUUACAUCCGUAUUUUUAAUGACAUUUAUUUGUGUGAUUUUACACAUUUGGCCAACAGGUCGACUGAAUAUAUUGAACCAUAGGCUUAAUUUCUUUUUUUUCCUUUAACGUUCGACCCCCACCUCCCUUUCCCCAAGUGGGAUGGUGGCGAAACAGGGUGCCAGAGAAUUUUAUCCUUACUUACUGCAUCCCUGAGUUAUAAAUAUGGCCCAGCAGCAGAUGCCAAGCUCACAGAAGGCCCUCAUGCUGGAGGUUAAGUCCCUGCAGGAGGAACCCGUGGAAGGUUUCCGGAUCACUUUGGUGGAGGAGUCCGAUCUUUACAACUGGGAAGUGGCGAUCUUUGGGCCCCCUAAUACAUUAUAUGAGGGAGGAUACUUCAAGGCUCAUAUUAAGUUUCCAGUAGAUUAUCCCUACUCUCCUCCAACCUUCAGGUUUCUCACAAAAAUGUGGCAUCCUAAUAUUUAUGAGAAUGGAGAUGUCUGUAUUUCAAUCCUUCACCCCCCAGUAGAUGAUCCUCAAAGUGGUGAACUGCCUUCUGAGAGGUGGAACCCAACCCAAAAUAUAAGGACUAUUCUGCUCAGUGUUAUCUCUCUACUGAAUGAGCCCAACACCUUCUCUCCUGCCAAUGUUGAUGCUUCAGUCAUGUUCCGAAAAUGGAGGGAGAGCAAAGGAAAGGACAAGGAAUAUGCAGAAAUCAUUAGAAAGCAAGUCCUGGCAACAAAAGUGGAGGCAGAAAAGGAUGGAGUGAAGGUUCCAACCACACUGGCAGAAUAUUGUAUUCAGACCAAAGUGCCUUCUCAUGACAAUUGCUCAGAUCUUCUGUAUGAUGACUUGUGUGAUGAUGAUAUUGAAGAAGAUGAAGGAGAAGGCUGUGAAGCUGUCGGAGAAGAAGGUGAUUGUUAUGAGGAUGAGAAUUCAGAAAUUGAAGGGCUAUGACCACCCUUUUUUUUCUUUUCUGUCUUGCCUCAUUAUGUAGUGUCUACCCAUGUGCUUUCUCAUGUGCCUUUUUACCUUCCUCCACAAUGUUUAACAUGAAUGCAGACUAAGGUGUUUUGUUGUAGCACUUCUGAGGUUAAACAUUCUCAAAUAACAUAAAAGUUGAUAGAAUAGCAAGAGUCGUGUCUUUACCCAUUUUACAUAUUUAUUUAUUGAAUAGGUAAUGGAAAUGAUGUAACAUGCUUAUUUUCUUUAUUGGUGCUAUUAUAAGUUUUACAUGAUUAUCUUAUAUUUUCAAUAGAUGAGAAGAGUUGUAAGCUAUAUUUAUUCUGACUUGAUCAUAACACACACAUUUAAAAUAUCAUCUGAACCAAAAUACAAAUGUGAAAAUAUUUGACUUUUUAAAUUUAUCUUGUACUUUGUGUGCAUAUACAAUCAUAAUCCAUCCAUCACAGGAGAAAGAACAUCACAGUUACAGAUGAGACAGAAUUACUGCAGACUUCUAAAUUUAGGACACUGGCAGUGACUAGUGUAUCCAUGCAGUGGAGCAUUUGUCUUCUAGUAACAUGUGUUGUACUACUUUCCAUGUGCUAGAUACACUGAUCACUAAGGUUAUGAAUUACUGAAGUUAUUCUUUUUUUUCUAAUUGAUUUUAUUGAAAUCAUACAACAUUCCAUACAGAUAGAUCAAUUUUUACAAAAAUAGGAUUGAAAACAGAAUUACUGAAGUUAUUGUAAUCAUUUGUUACAUUGUAGUGUUUUGCAUAUUUCAGAUCCUCAGAGUUGUAACAAUAAAAACACAUUCAAAUAGUCUUGGAUCAUAGCAGAUGUUCAGACGUGUUAAACUCAGGUCAAUAUAAAUCUCAUCACAAGAUGUGUAUAUAAUUAAUCAAUUAUUGCAGGCAUUCCUGUAAUGUAAAAAUAAGUGAUACAGUUCCUUGAAGCAUUUUGAAAGAUUUCAAUAUUAAUCCAAAAUUUUAAGCUUUCCAUAUAACACCAACUUGAUAGUCUUUGAAUAAAGCAGGAGCCAUUGUACACCCAAUGAUUCAACAUAAAUUUCCAUAGCAAAGUAAAGCAUCACUGUGUUUAUCUGGUAAAUGACACUGGAGUAAUAUAAGAAAGGUGGGUGUUUCUUCCUUCACUUAGCACACAUAAUCACACUUCCUUCCAACUCAUGUGCCCAAAAUUGUGAAGUAAUGAGCUAAAAACCACUGAUUUGUCCAAGUAAAUUCUUUUAGCCCUGAUAGGUCCAACAUGCAAAAUUUUAUUUAUGUACAAUAUAGUUCUUCUAAAUUUGGAUCUGUAUGAUCAUCAAGUCUUUUAUGACUUUUUCACAGUUAGUGUACUACUGAAAUUGUUCAGUAGAAAGCUAAAACAGUAUGUUAAACAGGGCAGUUUGUUUUUUUGUCAUAAAAAUACAUGAUAGUUAAUCACCAUAGAACUGUUUUAUCACAAUCUGAAAAGUGUUAGCCACUUAAUACUAUCAUUUUAUUAAUUUUCUUUAAGUGAUCGAGAUCUGUGAACCCAAAUUUAUAUUUUCAGUAAAUUUCAAAAACAUAUAAUUGUUUAAAUUAUCAUGAGUGCAAAUUGAGAAUAUUUGCUUGUACUUUACUUUUCAAAACUGAAGGAGAUUACUGAAAGCAAAUAUUUGAUAAUAUGACAUAUUUUCCUGACAACCAUAUUCACCCUGUCUGCUUUAACAAUGUUAAAGGAAAUAUUUUUGUGUUGCAUUUUAACCAUGUUGUAUUCACUUUUAGCUACUGUUAUUAAAGACAUUGAAAAUUCUCUUUUAUCUCAGCUGUAUUGUUUCUUUUGUUUAAAACCACAUUUUAAAAAAUGAAUUUUU